UUGUUCAUCAUCAUCAUCAUGUUUCUUCAUCAUAAUCUUUUCAUCAUUCAAUUGUUGAAGGGAAAGUAAAAUUUUCAUUUGAUUUCUGCGCGGACAUUACAUUAUAUCAUACCAGCCAUCCAUCCAAUCACCUUUCCAAUUCCAUCCAUCCAUCCGAUUCAAUUCAUUCAUCUAUCCAUCCAAUACAAUAAAAGUGAUGAUGAUUAUACAAGAAAAGUCGUCUAUAUAAUUGCAAAAAAUCCAGAAACAAACACAUAGAGACAUUUGAUCGAUUGACUCGUGUAUCGUGGCCCAAAUUUUGUUGAUGUUAAAUGUUCAAUUUGGACUGUGUGCGAAUCUGUGUGUAGAUAACAAAUACGUGCAAUGAAUUACUAAAGAUAAAAAAUUUUCCAAAGAAUUUCCAACGAUUAUACACAAAAUAAAAAAUGCAGAAAUUUCGAAUCUUUCACAUUUCAAAGAAAAAUGUUUUUCUUUAGCUGUUGCUGUUAUUAGUUGACAAAUCAAAGUUUCAUUUUCAUCUUUAGUUGUUGUUCAAUAAUUUUCAUUUUCAUAUUCAACGGCGAUGAUGAUGGCUGAUGAGUCACCGUUGUUGAUGAUGAAUAAAGUUCGUUCAAUCUGUCCAUCCAUUUUUCGACUCUUAUUAUUACAAUUAAUUAUAAUCGGUUAUCAACGACAACAUAAUCAUGUUUAUGGCCUAUUACCAAAUGUAGUGAAAAUUGGUGGAUUAUUUGAAAAUGGUGAUGAAUUGGUUGAAAUGGCAUUCCGGGAUGCUGUUGCAAGAAUCAAUUCCGAUGAAACACUGUUGCCACAAACACGUAUUGAACCAAUUAUUGAAAGAUUAGAACCCUGUGAUAGUUUUCAAGCUUCCAAACGAGUUUGCAGUCUUUUACGUCAAGGUGUUGCAACAAUAUUUGGACCACAAUCAGUGGAAACCACGGCACAUGUACAAUCAACAUGCGAUGUAUUACAUAUGCCACAUAUGGAAACAACACAAUGGAAUUUCAAGUUCGAUGAUCCACCAUUUCAUCAUUCGGUGAAUCUUUUUCCACAUCCAAUCGGUCUGGGCAAUGCAUUUCGUGAUCUAAUAACGUUGAAAAAUUGGAAAAGUUUCGCAAUACUUUAUGAAGAGAAUGAAGCAUUAGUACGUAUGCAAGAAAUACUUAAAGAUCCGGCAUUGAAUGAAAAACGCAUCGUCGUUCGGCAAUUUCCUUCGGAUGAAUAUCGUACAACAUUUAAAGAAUUACAUAAAUUAGCUAUUCGUAAUAUAAUCGUUGAUGUACCACAUGAACAUAUUUUAACCGUACUUAAACAUGCUCAACAAGUCGAUAUGCUGUCUGCCUAUCAUAAUUAUUUUUUCAUAUCAUUAGAUGUACAUACCGUUGAUUUAGAAGAAUUUCAAUAUAGUGGCUUAAAUAUUUCUGGUUUUAGUUUAGUUGAUCUGACAUCGAAAGAAGUUACAGAAAUUGUUCAUAAAUUUCAACAACAACACUUACAAGAUGGUAUUCUUGAUGAUGUUACUGCCAAUACUCGUUAUCAUUGGAAUUCAUUGGACACAAAUAUGAUUAAUAUUGGACAACAACAACAACAACAAACGAUUGAUAACACGAUUUAUAGGAUGGUUUCAUCAAAUAAUUUCACUACGGAAAUUGCUCUUGUUUAUGAUGCUGUUCGAUUAUUCGCUCAAACAUUAUAUGAAAUCGAUAAAAAUGGACAACAUUUUCAACAACCCGAAGAUAUUUCAUGUGAAAAUGAAAAAGUUUGGAAAUUCGGUACCGUUAUGUCUAAUUAUAUGCGUAAUAUUCAAAUGGAUGGUAUUACUGGACCGAUAAAAUUCGAUUCAACUGGAUCACGAUCAGAAUUCAAACUUCAAUUACUGGAAUUGACAAGAGAAGGUUUGAAACAUGUUGGUGAUUGGCAACCACAAGAAAAGAUUACAUUUAUGAGUAAUUAUACAAAAGCAAUGACGGAGAUUUAUCGUGAAUCAUUACGAAAUAAAACAUUGACCAUUGUUACCAUUGGGGGUGAACCAUACUGUAUGGAAGUGGAUGAUGCUGAAAAUCGUACUGGUAAUGAUCGUUUCGAAGGUUAUUCCGUUGAUCUUAUAAAAGAAAUUGCUGAUUUAUUGGAAUUCAAAUAUACGAUAAAAUUGGUCGAAGAUGGUGUUUACGGGAAACGUAAUGAACGUGGUGAAUGGAAUGGAAUGAUUCGUGAAUUGAUUGAAGGAAAAGCAGAUAUGGCUAUCGCUGAUUUAACCAUAACAUAUGAACGUGAAGCUGCCGUCGAUUUCACUAUGCCAUUCAUGUCAUUGGGUAUUGGAAUACUUUACAAGCGGCAGAAAAAAGAACCACCAACAUUGUUUUCAUUCAUGUCACCAUUAGCAAUGGAUGUUUGGGUCUAUUUGAUGACAUCAUUUUUGGGUGUUACAUUAUUCUUAUUUUUUGUUGCUCGUUUCUCUCCAUAUGAAUGGGUUAAUCCACAUCCAUGUAACAAAGAUCCAAUUGAAUUGAAAAAUAAUUUUUCAAUGAAAAAUACAUUAUGGUUCACUAUUGGUUGCCUAAUGCAACAAGGAUGCGAUAUAAUGCCACGUUCAUUAUCGACACGUGUAUUAGCGGCAAGUUGGUGGUUUUUUAUCCUAAUCCUAGUAUCAUCUUAUACGGCUAAUUUAGCUGCCUUUUUGACCGUUGAACGUAUGGUUAAUCCAAUUGAAUCGGCGGAAGAUUUAUCGAAACAAACCAAAAUUCCUUAUGGUUGCCUUAAAUCUGGUUCAACGGAAGCAUUUUUUCGUAGUUCAAAUUUUUCAACUUAUGCACGUAUGUGGAGUUUUAUGGAAUCCUAUAGGCCAUCUGUAUUCGUUGAAUCAAAUAAAAAAGGUGUAGAUCGUGUAGAAAAAGGAAAUUAUGCUUUUCUGAUGGAAUCUACAACCAUCGAAUACAUCGUGGAACGUAAAUGUGACCUAUUUCAGGUUGGUUCAUUACUUGAUUCCAAAGGAUAUGGUAUUGCAACACCACCAGAUUCACCGUAUCGAUCAAUUGUGUCGGAUGCAAUUCUCAAACUACAAGAAGAAGGUAAAUUAUUAAUGUUAAAAAAUCGUUGGUGGUCCGGAAAAGGAAAAUGUGGUGGACAAAAAGAAACACAAAAAGUUUCGGUAUCAGCAUCUGAAUUGGGUUUGGCUAAUGUAGGUGGUGUUUUUGUCGUCUUGGCUGCCGGUUCUAUAAUUGCUAUUAUUAUUUGUAUUGGUGAAUUUAUCUGGAAAAUGGGUAAUAUUCCACGUUCAGAAAGGGAACAUAUUGGAAUUGAAUUGUUGAGAGAAAUCAAAUAUGUUAUCUGCUGUUAUGGUAAUACACGUCCAAUACGUAAAGUCUAUGAUUGGGAUCCAACACGUAGUCUUAUUAUUGAACCAACAUUAACAGGUGGUGCACAUAAUAUUGGCGGUAUUGGUGAUACUGGCAUUGCACAUCCUGGUCAAAGACAAUAUAGUUUUCCUGUAGAUGAUGAAAAAAAUGAAUAUCUUUUUGGCACAAAAUGAUAACAAUCAAUUGAGAAUACACAAUCUUUUUAGGACUAUUAGACUACUACUCCUCAAAUUAAAUCAAUUUUUUCUCAUUUAUUCACCGAUCAUAAUUAACCACUUUUGCUUCCUCUGUGUGUCAUCUGUGUCUCUGUAUUAUUAAUUCAAUCAAUGUUCUUUUUUUUUAUUCGGGCAAACACAAACACACUUAAACAUCCCAUAACGAAAAAAAAACUUAGAAUCAAAUUCAAAAAAGGCCUUGGAUCCAUCACGUAUCACAAAAUACAAAACAUACACAUUUUCAUUAUAGUUCAAAUUUCAUGCACACAAACACCGGGUUUUUGUCUUUGUCUAUCAUUAAUUUUGUUGUUUAUAAAUAAAUAAAUUGGAAGUUUUAAAUGAAAAAA